AUGGCGGACGCGGCGCCCGUACACACACCGCCACCGGAGGGCGCGGUGGAAGAGGAGCGGGAGGAGGGGGCCAACGAGCAUGAGACGGAGAGCGAGCAGCGUGAGGCGUACGAGUAUUGGGGAUACCUCUUCAAGCCGGACAAGACGGGUACGGAUAAGCUGAAGAGCUUAUUGCGAGGACUGAAGAACCUCAUGGUAUGUUCGGAGUACCGUCUUGAGGCGGGUCAAGGCUGCAGAUGCUAAUAUCUCAUAGAAUGAGCGAUAUGAGCAUUCUGACAAUCCCGAUCUUACGCCUAACCAGCUGGCCCACUUCUACCGCGACUUGCACGGCAACUAUGACCAGCUCUUCCUCGGCACUCCUAGCGAAAGUAUCGCAUUCAUUUACAAGAGCCUGGGAUGCCUUCACAGCUUGCAACCACCUGCGUAUACGCAUGCGACAGCAUUCACCGAUCCGACGGUUCCGGCGUUGAAGACUGAAGGAUGGAUUAUGUGGCAGACAAUCCAGCUUUUGCUGGGCCCCGAAGAGCACUCGGACUUCAUAAGAGAAGCCGUACAGAAGUGGGAUAUCAAAGAUGCAGAUACGGGCGAGAUCUUUCCCAAGAUUUUGCCCAGAGAGUGCUUCCCGCACGACUCGGACAAGCACAUGGUUGCGUGGUAUGAAGGCGUCUCCGAGCGCUUGCGGAGAGAAGCGGAGGAAGAGGAGCGUCGACAUCAGAUCGAAGUGGAGCAUGAGGAGCCGCCAAGAAGACUACAUGCCCCCGAGCGUCCGCCCAGACGAGAAGGGGACCCGCCAACCGAUGACGAGGGUUCAGUGGAUUCAAGAGGUCCUGCCCUGGCGUACUUCCGCAAUCCGUUGUACAGGCACGUGGAUGGCAGACCUUCCAUUGUUCGACGCAACUCAAAGCGUCCGGCAGUUAGUCCGCGCCAGACAAUGAUGGGCAAGGGCAAGGAGGCUGCGUCGACCUUCGGGCGCAUCGCUCGGAAUGUGGGCAGUCCGCACUUAUGGGGCGGCAGGGUAAGCAGCCGCAGUAGGGACCGCGAUGCCAAGAGAAGAAGUCAUCCUGAGGGAUAUCACCAUCCUGAAGAGAUUCCACCGACUUCUGCGGGAUCAUACGAGAAUCGCUACUCGCCAAGAGAGCAUUCUGGACACGGUCAUCAUCAUCGGAGGAGCUCGCAGCUGGAACGACCACCAGAGCGCCCCAUCUCAGGCGUGGUAGACGAAGACUUUGAUGCAGAGGACGAAGAUCCUGUUUACAGCCCUCAGCCAAGACAUCCCACUGGGUCAGACUCCAGCAAGCAUCGCCGAAAUCACUCUCGCCCGGAAUCACGAGACCAAGGACUGCGACAUUCGAAGAGCCACGAGCCUACGCCCAGCCAGAAAGAGGCCGACGACUACUUUAGCAGCGGGUAUGACGAGCCACCGCCGGGUAGGCGACACUCCACACAUGAGCGACCUCAGUCUCCUUCGCCAGCAGCUCCAGCAGGCAACGGUAUAGGACCAUCUUUUGGACCUUCAGCAGGGCCCUUAUUCGCAGCUCAUGUAGCCAAACAACCUCCGUCUAUGGCAAGACCACCCUCUCGGCCUCCACCUGAAGACUAUACGGGCGGGCCUCCCAUGCGCAAUCCAUCUAUCCGACGUGCACAAGAACGGUACCCGAGCCGAAGCCCCGAGUCUGGUAGCCGUCCUCCACCUCAUAUGGAUCCGCGUGAUCGAAGAGACCCGAGAGACCCUCGAGAUCGUAGGUUUGAUAGUCCAGGAAGACCACCUCCGGGAUCACGCUACAACAAUUCGCCUGCUCCUUACGAUGACAUACCACCGGGUCCUGAAGGCAUGCCACCCGGAGCACCUGGCGGGGGAAGAUAUGCUGAAGGCGGCGCCCCUCCGCCCCGAGAUCCUCGAGAGAUGAGUCAUUCUCGCGAUCCUCGAGAUCGUGACCCUAGGGAUCGAAAUCCGAGAGAUUACCGCGACCCACGCGACAUGAGAGAUCCUCGGGAUAGGAGGGGCGGCAGAAUGAACGACGACGAUCUGGACUAUCCCGAAGACGAUGGACACCGUAGUAGGCCGAAACAGACCAGAUUCGCAGACACCGGUGUGAGCGGGAGGCGGUAUCCUGAUGAGAGUCCCUGGAGGGAUGAAAGAGGUGACAGGAGGAGGAGAAGCUAG